UAUACCCAUUACCAUGUCAAACCACAGAAAUGAAACUGUUCCUCUGACAACUACCUGAUGAAGUGCUGCUGACCGAGCAGUUUGGAUCGCUGGAGUGUCGUUCAGAGGCUUGUUAGAGAGCAAGCCACAACAACAACAACAACAACAACAUGUUUGGGAAAAAGAAGAGAGCUCCGCAGCCCAGAGGCCAGGGCGCUGCUGCGGCCAAGCAGAUGGGUCUGUUUGUAGAGCUGGACCCUGAGGAGAUGAUGAUGGGCAUGGAGGGGGAUCUGGACGACCCAGACCUGGAGGCUGAACUUGCUGCCAUCACUGGAAAUAAAGCUGCAGCUGGAGGAAGAGCAAAGCCGAAGGGGAAAAGCCCGCUGCCAAUGGACGACAUCGCAAGAAUGGCUGACGAGUGCAUGAGAGAUGUGGAUGAGGAUGAAGAUGACAAUAACCUGGAGGAUGAUGAAGAUUUAUUGGCAGAGCUACAGGAAGUGGUGGGUGAGGAGGAAACUGAAGAUGCUGCAACAGUCUCCUCCACAUCCUCUGUCACGGCUGAAUCUUUUCAGGCUGAAACACCAGAGUCGCCAGAGACGCAGCAGCAGGAAGUAAAGGUCUCCUCAGCAGCUCCUGGUAGCCUCCAACACACCCUGGAGGAGAGAGUUAUCAUGUACAAGACGGCUUUACAAAACGCCAAGGCUGCAGGGGAGACCUCCAAAGCCCGGAGAUACGACCGCGGGGUGAAGACUCUGCAGACGAUGUUAGCUGCCGUUAAAAAAGGGCGACCCGUGAGCGAGGCAGAGAUCCCGCCUCCUGUCGCCACUGGUGCUUCCUCUCAUCCUGCUGUUCCUCAUCGGCCUGCGCCCCCUGUCCCCUCGCCUCCUGAACCCACUCCAUCAGAUCUGCAGGAGGAGGCCACAACACCGCCGCCUGCUAUACCGGAGAUCGUCACCCCCACCAGUGAAGAGGAGCAUUCCUCUGCCACCGUGCCCACGCUGAGCGCCGUCUCAUCUCCAGAGGAGCUUCACACCGGCCCGACAGCUGACAACGAGGCAACCAAGACGUUGCUCUUGGAGAGGCAGAGAGAAUACAAGAUGGCAGCUCUGAGAGCAAAGAAGCAGGGAGACUUGGACCAAGCCAGGCUUUACUUCAGAACCAGCAAGAGGUUUGAUGCUGUGAUUGAGGCGUUGGAGAAAGGACAAGCAGUCGACCUGAGUGGCCUUCCUCCUUCUCCAGUGGAGGGAGUGAGCUCUGCUCCAGUGAAAGAACCUCCCUCUGGGCAAAACAUAGAAGUCACCCAACCAGUUACAGCAGCUCCAGCUGCCCCCCCUUCAGCCCCUGCAGCUCCUAAAGACGUGAUGGAGGCUCUCGAGCAGAGACGGGCCAAGUAUGUGGAGGCGUCCAAUCAGGCAAAAGCCGCCGGAGAAGACCGCAAGGCCCGAAUGCACGACCGCAUCGCCAAGCAAUACCAGAGCGCCAUCCGAGCUCACAAAGCAGGAAAAGCGGUCAACUUUGAGGAGCUGCCGGUUCCUCCUGGUUUUCCUCCGAUCCCGGGCCAGAAGGCGACCGGAGCGGAGCAGGGAUUCAUCGCAGCUCUGGAAGCAGCCGAUAAGCUCUCCUCCACUGAUGUCACCCAAAUAGCAGAUGAAGAAGAAGAUGAGGAGAAGGAAGAGGAGUCUAAGUCUGCUGUCCAAGAAGAGCGAAAGAAGCCCGCAUUAGACGUCCCCACUGCAGGACAAGGACGGAAAAGGACUCCGUCAGCUUCACCGGACAGAACAGCCGCCAGGGAAGGACUCUCACCUACAGCUGUUCAGCACCUGGAGUUCCUGGAGGGCAGGAAGAAGCAGUACAUGAAGGCGGCUCUGCAGGCGAAGCAGAAGAACGACAUGGAGCAGGCCAAGAGCUUCCUCCGCACCGCCAAGGGCCUCGACCCCAUGAUCGAGGCGGCACGCAGCGGCAAGACUGUGGACAUCAGCACGGUGCCGUCGCCCCCUGGUGACGAAGACGAAGACUUCAUCCUGGUUCAUCACAGCGACGUGCAGAUCUCAGAGAAAGCAGAGCAGCUUUACUCACAGCUGGCCAAGAUCCUCAAAGAGCAACACGAGAAAUGUAUGACUCACUCUAAGCAGUUCACACACCUGGGGAACGUCAACGAAACAACAAAGUUCGAGAAGAUGGCGGAGAGCUGUAAGAAGAGUCUGGAGGUCCUGAAGCUGGCUCAGUCCAGAGGUCUGCCUCCUCCCAAACAUCACUUUGAGGAGAGAUCGUUUCACACCGUCAGGAUAUUUCCAGACCUGAGCAGCACUGACAUGGUUGUUAUCAUCGUCAAAGGGAUGAAUCUUCCUGCUCCUAGUGGAAUCCAAACAAACGAUCUGGAUGCAUACGUUAAGUUCGACUUCCCCUACCCCAGCACGGAGCAGCCGCAGAAACACAAAACAGCUGUCAUCAAGAACACUAACUGCCCAGAAUAUAACCAGAGCUUCACCCUGUCAAUCAACCGGAACCACCGGGGCUUCAGGAGGGUGGUGACGUCAAAAGGCCUCAAACUGGAGCUGCUGCACAAAGGCGGUUUCUUGCGGAGCGACAAGCCGAUCGGGGCGGCGCUGGUGAAGCUGGAAAAACUGGAGUCACAGAGUGAAAUCAGGGAGAUCGUAGAGGUGAUGGAUGGCCGUAAACCCACAGGGGGUCGUGUUGAGGUGAAGAUCCGGCUGCGGGAGCCUCUGAGCGGACAGGACAUGCAGACGAGCACCGAGCGCUGGCUGGUGAUCGACUAGUCACAGAUGCUGCUGCAAGAUUCAAGAUGAUUCACAAGAUAAAGAUUAAAGGCACUCAAUCAAAAACACUCGGAGGAGGACGGAGUUUAGGAUGCGACGAGGACGGUCUGCUGUUCGGAGUCGACUCGGACAUACACGGGUCUUUGACUUGUUAAAAACUUUUGCACAUUUGCAAGACACACGAGCUCCCUUUCACACUGCAGUCCACCAGGAGGAGACACAGAGCUGGUUUAUGGUCGGUCAGCUGGUCUGUCUUCAGUCUGACACCAGCUGAUGGACACAGACUUGUUGGGUUGCUCUCUUGUUUGUGUCAUCGCUGGUGAUUCACACAGACUGAAUGCAGAUAGAAGCUCGUGAUGCACCAGAGCAGACUUGCAGUCAACAAGGUGAAACCUCCUUAAAUCAAGUCUCCUCGUGCAUCACUCCAUCUCCUGGAGGACGGCAGGCAGCGUGUCCUCUGCUGAGGGGCUCAGUGUGGCGCUAACCUGAUCCUGCUGCCCGACAUGACUUUAGUUAAUAUAUCAAAGAAUGUGUACAUAUUCCUCAUAUUAUUACAGCUCUGGUAUCUAGAACUGCACCUAUGCACUAAUACCAAAGUAAUCACUGUUGCUGUAAAAUCCUGCAUAUUUGAAAUCGCCUUUUAGCUGCCAAACCUGUAACGAUGACACAAAAGCUUAAAGGGAUCGUUUGGAUUUAUUGAAGUGUGGUUGAAUGAGGUACUUAUCCAUAGUCGGUGUAUUACCUCCAGUAGAUGGCGCUCCCAGUUUGGAGAAGCAGGCAGGAGUACAGACACAAGCUGAGAAAAACCUGCAUCAGUUAAGUGUACGCUAUCUUAAGAAUAUUUUAUCUUUCUGUUUGUUUACGUGGGAGGAAGUGAAGCUGUUAUCUACGCUCUCUUCAAAACCACCAGACUCCUUUGACAAAAACAGCAAUUUUACUUUACAGAACACAGGAGUUGCUGGUCUACCGCUGCCUCCAUCAGCCAGUUUGUUUGUGUUAUUGUGUGACUUUGGUGAUUGGAAACUAACAAUUUAAAGCACAAAAAUCACACAAUAACACAAACAAACUCAACAAAUGAGGCAGCGGUGACCAGCAACUCUAAUGCCGUGUGAGGUGAGUACCUGAUACAACCCACUUAGAAAAAUCCACAUUAUCCCUUUAAUGUAUGACGGGACUGUUUUUAUUAUUUAUCCCACACAAUUCAUCUGGUGUUCAGUGUGAGGCAGAUGCAGCACUUCUCAUACGUGUUUUAAAGGAGUAAGCCAAGAAAUGAUACUGUAGGUACAAUAUAUAUAUAUAUAUAUAUAUAUACACAUUAUUAUUUUGAAGACCAUACUCCCUUUUUGGCACCUUUUCACUUUAAUUAGAAAGUCAUUUAACUGUGGUCACUAAACUGCACCCUCACUUAUCUGUGGCUUUAGGUGUGUUAGAUUUAUUCUCGUUUACACUUAAUAGCUUGAAUCUGUUUAAAAAACACAA